GCAACCACGCGGAGGUGGCGCGGCUGCUGCAGGAGGGCAGCGACCCCACGGAGCGGGACGGCAGGGGGCGAGUGGCGUAUGCAGUGGCGGCCAACAAGGCCACGCGGGACGCCUUCCGCCGCCACAUGGCAGCCCACGCAGAGCAGUGGGACUGGCACGCCGCUGCCGUGCCCAGCGCCCUCACUCACGAGCUCCAGGCGUCCCAGGCCGCCCGCCAGGCGGAGAAGGAAGCAAAGAAGAAGGCAAAGGAGAAGGAGAGGAGGCAGAGGAAGAAGCAGGAGGAGAGAGAGCGCAAGCAGCAAGCCCUCCACGAGAGCGCGCCACCAGCGCCAUCGCCGACACCAUCGCCUGCAGAGACAGAGGAGCAGAGGAGGGCGAGGGAGAGGGAGGAGAGGGCAGCAGCGGCAGAGAGGCGUGUGCAGCAGCUGGCCGCGGGCACCGCUGCGCCUGCCACCGCCCACCAUGCCUCCCCCGCCACCACUGCUGCAGGCAGCUGCUGCGACUCGUGUGGUGCAUCGCUGGCGGGCAGGACGCCCUUCUCCCGCCUCGCCUUCAACUACUGCACCACUGCAUGCGUGCGCGCUCACAAGACCAUCCUUGACACCCUGUAG